CCCAAGUGUGUACGGUGAGUGUGGGACGACGUGAGCGUAUCAGUUGGCUGAUAGCGAUUACACAGUUAGGCGCACAUUGCAAAGGUACUCGGGACGUACAAGCGAACGGACGCGUAAAACGGAAAGGAAACGGUCGUCCAUACGGAAAAAAAGGUGCAAGAAAAAUCACACAAAAUAAAUAGCAGAAAAUCAGAAGAGCAAAUAGAAUUGUUGAAAUGCUGUUAAAAAGUUAGCAACAACCGUGUAAAACCGUAACCAAACUUAAUUUUCUACUGGCCGGGAAAAAAUCCAUUUGCUUUGAUUUCGUUUACAGCAACGGUAAUUAAAUUAAAAAGUUCCGGUAAAAGCCGGUGGCAAAACGCAAAAAAUCUGUGAAAAAUUAAAAACCAGUAAAACUGUAGUCAAGAGCUACGAAUAACAUUUGAAAUAACGUCAAGUCCUUGAAAUAACAAUUAAAAUAAAUUUCAGAAUUUCAAGUCCUUGAAAUAACAAUUGAACUAAGUUCCAGAUUUUCAAGUCCUUGAAAAGUGAAAUAAUUAAAGUGUAUUGAUCACUUCAAAUAACUAUGACGACAUUUGGCUUAUUCCUCUUAUCAAUGUGGGGUUUCGGGCAGCAGAUGCCGGCGACACAAACGCAAAUAAUAUCACGCGCCAACUGGGGUGCGCGUCCGUCAACGCUCGUCGAACACUUUAACGGCCCAGCGCCAUAUGUCAUCAUCCAUCAUUCGUAUAUGCCCAGCGCCUGUUACAACCGCGCCGAUUGCAUCAAGGCGAUGCGCUCCAUGCAGGACUACCAUCAGUUGCAACGUGGCUGGAAUGACAUUGGCUAUAGUUUUGCGAUCGGGGGCGAUGGCAUGAUUUAUGUUGGACGUGGUUUCAAUGUGAUUGGCGCGCAUGCGCCCAAAUACAAUGACCGUAGUGUUGGCAUCUGCAUGAUUGGCGAUUGGCGUACUGAGCUGCCACCACCACAAAUGCUUGCAGCGGCCAAAUCACUGAUUGAAUUCGGCAUGGCCAAAGGUUAUAUCGAUGCCGCAUAUAAAUUAUUGGCGCAUAGGCAAGUGCGUGACACCGAAUGUCCGGGCCAGCGACUGUAUGAAGAGAUUACGACGUGGCCGCAUUUUGCCCUCAAACCCCAGGCUACGGAGAAUGACAUUGUCAAGUAAGCASCAGAAGUAGAGAGCGGGCUCUCUUCUCACACACACACAAUACACAAUUAUGUCGAUCAACGCUUAGCAACCGUCGGCCGGUUGCACCUCCAAAGAGUUCGCUAUUAAUUAUAAUUUUUAUUUUAAGUAGACAACUGUUGUUCAAAGCAUAGCAAAUUCACCUAACGGUUUCACAACCAAAUAUAUUUAGUCCUAAAGCAACAAAAUAUUA